AUGCCUGGCGUUGCCAUGGCUCAGUGCCGCAUUUGCCUUCAAUCGGCAGAUCAGGCGCUUGGUGAGUUUAUCAAGCCUUGUCGGUGCAAAGAGCCUGUUCACCGCAAGUGCCUGGAUACCUGGCGGGCCUCGGGCAUCAACCCGGCCAACAUCACGCGCUGUGAAGUCUGCCAGUAUCACUAUCGCCUCGGCAGAGAUGCCAGCCCGCGGCACGUUCACACGUUUGUGUAUUCCAUCGCCCUGGUUCAGAUUUUGCUUUUUCUUGCUUUGUCCGUGGCCGCCGGCUUCAUGAUCAGAGCGACGAAACUCGCUGAUCUGGUCAACUGGGGCAGGCUCAGCUUCAUGGUGCCAGACACGGACAGAGGUUGGAUCUUCCUCGGAUGUUGCUUCAACUUCUUCUGCAUUGGUGUUUUUGCCACCGCGGUGCUCCUGUACCGGCUGAUACGAAGAAGGCGAAGCCCAGCGCGACAAGCCGCACUGCAGGCAUCUUCGCGACGCAGCACAUGGCUUGAUGACGCGCUGCGAACACGAAAUCGGCGACAGGACUGCUGCGGUGACUGCUGCUAUACGACUGACGACUCAUUGUGCUUGUGGUGCUACUAUUGCUGUUCGGGUCCAAAUUGGUACUGUCCUCUGGAGGGCUGCUGCUACAACUGCGACAUUGGAACCGCAAGAUGCUUCGAUGCUUGUGAAUGCUGUAAAGGAUCUGGUGGUGGAGGAGGAGGUUGUGACUGUUGUGAUUGCGGAAGCUGUGGCUGUGACGGAGAUGCCGGCAUUUUCGCUGUCAUUCUGGGAGCGAUUGCUGCAGCAGUUGCAAUUAUUCUACUCGCGAUUGGCAUGUUCGUGUUUUUCUGGGUGAUUUUCUACAAUGUGUUCAACGGAAUUUUCAUGAACCAUUCCUUCCUGCACUCCGUGGCAGCUGAAAGGUACCACGUUCUCCCCUAUGAUGUUGCAUAUGAUACAUCGAUCCGAAAGACUGCCACGCCGGAGUCAGCAUGGCCACUAGAGCCUGUGACGCCGCCGAUUCAGCAGGGCAUGAACGAUGUGGAAAACGCUAGAGUCGUGGGCAAGGUGGAGGCAGAAACGAUAGCCUAA